AUGCCCUACCUACCCACCUCCCAGGCCUACCUGGAACAGUCCGCGCAGUUAUUACAAGCGUACCCAGAUACAGUAAGCCACCCGAACCUUCCUCCCACGCCCAACCCGUCAUCCAAUCUUCCACACCGCGUCCCCCCACAGCGGGCAACAAUGAAACACCCCCAAUCCCAAAUGCAAAUCCAGAUACACCAAACUAACAACAAACCCCAGACCCGCAUAGUAACAAAAUACUCAUUCCCCACAAACCGACGAGGAAACAUAAUCCGUGCCCACAAAUCCCAAGUCCGAAAAGACGCCGCCAAAGCCACCGAUGCUCCAUCCACCACACCCGCACAACCACCCACCGCAAUCGCAACCCUCACCCUGAAAACAUUCAACCCAACCACCGGAAUCUGUCUGCACUACCGCACAAACAAGGCGCAGGAAGUCAGUCGCCUGAUUACGAGUCUGGGAAAGCUGGCUGCCGGUGCUGAUGUAGCGGGGUUGGGCUUAUCUGCUGCGGCGCCUGCUGCCGGCGCAGAUGUAGAGAUGGUUGAUGCUCCUGCUCCCGUUGAGGAGAUGACGCCGGCUGCUGGUAAAGCGCAGGGUCAGAGUCAGGGACAGAGUGGGAAGGGGAAGAAGAAGGGUGGGAAGGGGAAGCGGUAA